AUGUCGCGUCGGGCUGGUGCCGCGUGUCGGGCCGGGCUGUUGCCGCGUGUCGAGUCGGGCUGUUGCCGCAUGUGUCGUCGAAAGCGAUGGCAGGGAGGCUCUUCCAUGAGUGACCUCCAGCGGGCCUGGGCUAAGCGCAAGGUCGAUGCCAUCCCAGAACCCUUUGACGAGCUACCCGACAACGACGCAGAUGAGCUCUCGGAACUACCAGACCACCUCGACGACGGCGACUCGUCCUCGGCGUCGUCGGCAUCAUCUACGGGCACGAUCAUCCCCUCGCCGAGUCAGCGUCUUUUCGCCCGCCCAGGCGCCGCCCUUUCGCGCCCCGGCCGCUCCUGGGAGCCCGUGCCGUGGACGACCUACUUUGAGCGCGAGCUGUUCCUCGAGCGCGACACCACGACCACGUACCAUGCCUACCUGACGUCCCCCUCGCCGCAGGGAGGCCCCCUGUUCGUAGCCCACCACGGCGCCGGCUCGUCAGCCCUCUCCUUCGCCCUUGUCGCCGCCGAGAUCCGCCGCGCUCUGCCCCAUGCCGGCGUUCUGUCCCUCGACGCCCGCGGCCACGGCGCCACCGUGACCCCGGACCAGGACCGCCCCGACCUCUCGCUGCCGACCUUGACGGCCGACCUCGCCGCCGUCAUCGCCCUGACGGCCCGCCGCAUGGCUUGGCCCGCCGAUGCCCUGCCGCCCAUGAUCCUCGUCGGCCACUCGCUCGGCGGCGCCGUCAUCACCUCCCUCGCCGCCGAUCCGCCGCCCGACCUGGCCCCGCGCCUCCUCGGCCACGCAGUCCUCGACGUUGUCGAGGGCUCUGCCAUGGACGCCCUGCAGAGCAUGCACGCCUACCUGUCGACGCGCCCCGCCGGCUUUCACCUCUAUCGAGGCCGCCAUUGA